AUGUUUUAUAUUGGGUUAACUGGGAUAGAGAUAUUUGAUUAUUUAGGAAACAAGGUGCAAAUAAUGGAGGCGAGUGGUUUUUUUAAGAAUCCAAGUGUUUUAUUUGAUGAUAAUUAUCUUACUCAGGAUGAGAAAUGUAUGUGUUUGGAAAGGGUUGAUAAGAAUAUGGAGAUUAAAUUGAGAUUCAAGGAGACAAAAAUAGCAAUGAUAAGAAUCUGGAAUUAUAAUAAAGGAAGAACACAUAAAAAUAAAGGAGUGAGGAAGAUGGAGAUAUUGAUUGGGAUGGACUCAUCUGAUUCAGUAGAUCCCAUCUUUUAUGAUGAAAUCAAAUAAGCUAAUGCCACUUGUAAUAGUGAUAAUGCAGAGUACAUCAUGUUCACUAACAACCAAUAAAUCUUAGAUAAAAUAUCCUAAUCUGAUUGGUUGAAUACAUUACAUUAGAGUUAGAUUCAACAAUAAAAGUAGAUCUUAGAAAACACCAUUAAAUUAAGUAGACCAGAUACAGCCACAUUUAAGAAACAUAACCAGUAAAAACAGAACAAUGCUAUUCUCAUCAAACAACCAUCUGAUAAACUAUUAUAAUCUAAUUCUAAGAAACCCUUUGCAUCUGUACUCAACACAUUGCCUACAGUAACUGUCAUAACAUUGACCAUUUAUAUAUUAAAAAAUUGGGGAGACAAAUAUGUUGGAUUGGAUAAGAUAGAAAUUCACGAUAAAUAUGGAUAAUCAUUGAAAAUUAAAAAAUACAAAGUGAUUACCUAUCAAUCAGAAACCAUAAUGAAUAGUGAUGAAAGAUGGCAAUUUCAAAAUGGAUAAAUUAGAAUUCAAUUCUCAUUUCCAUAAUCCAUCCAAAUCAGUAGGAUUCUCAUUUGGAAUUACAACAAGGAAGAUGAGUUAGAAAAAGGAGUACAACUGAUCAAUGUAGAAGGAGAUGAUCAAACACUGAAUACUAUUUAAGGGAUCUUUUUAAGAAAGGGUCAUGGAUUAUCUGAUGCGAAUGAACCUUAAGUGAUUGACUUACCAUAUUAAUAGAAUAUCAAAACCAUUCUAGCCAAUUAUCAAUUUGAAAAGAGUAUCUAUCUAGAUUAUGAAACUGCUUAAUUACCUCAAGGAACUAAGAUUACAAUAAAAUUAAUAUCAACUUGGGGAGAUUUACAUUACAUCGGAUUGAAUGGAUUUGAAUUGUUCGAUCCAAAUGGUGAUCUCAUUAUGCCCAAAUUAUAUGCAAAACCAUAUUCAGUUAAGGAACUUCCAGAAAUGGACAUGGAUGUUAGGACACCAGAUAAAUUACUGAACAAUUGCAAUGUUACUCUGGAUGCUAAAUAGAUUUGGCUGGCUCCUUUUGUUAAUUCUGUUUUUGACUAAGUAAAUUACCAAGUUAAUAAAUUGAUAUUGCUAUUCGAUUCACCUCAGCAAGUCUCAGCCAUAUCAUUUUAUAAUUAUAGUAAAACACCUGUUAGAGGAGUGAAAGAAUGUGAAAUUUCUAUGGACGAUUAUAUUAUAUAUCAAGGCUAUUUAAAUUUAUCCACUCUAACAUAAACUCCUAAAGGGAUCAUAGGGAAUAAUAAAACUACCGUUUUGUUCACAAGAGAUGAAAGACUCAUUGAGUAGAUCGGAUCUGUGGAAAUAAGGGAUAGUAUAUUAGGAUCUGAGACAACUUUGAUAAAUGAAAAUUAGAGGGAAACCAUUAAUAGUAUCAAGAACAAAUUAGUGAGACAUUAGCAAUAGAAGUUGUAUAAAGAAUUGGAUAGACCAACAACAACUGAAGUUUACUGA